CGGACAUCAGUCGCUUGCUCAUCGGCACUCAAGGCGUUUUUUUUUUUUUGGAAUUGGUAUCAUCGCAUCAAGUGGAUUAGUAGUCAGCAUGAAGGUCUUCGUUUGCAUGUGUGCUCUGUUCGCUGUGGCCAACGCUGGCUUCCUGGGACUCCUCGGCGGUGGCGGCGGUGGAGGCGGUGGUGGCGGCCUUAACCUCGGAGGCGGUGGUGGCAACGGAGGCGGCGGCGGUGGUAGUGGCGCUCGCGGCUAUGGCGGCCAUGGACCCAGUGGCCCAGUCCAGGUGGUCAAGGUGAUCCAUCAGCAGGGCGGCGUUGGCUACUCCUCCGGCGCUAGCUAUGGCAGCGGCUAUGGCUACGAGGCGGCUCCCCAGAUCUUCAAGGUGAAGGUCAUCUCUGGCGGCAGCGGCGGUGGCUAUGGACCCGCUCCUGGACCCGCUUAUCUGCCUCCAGCUGGGCCCGCCCCCUCCUCCGUCAAGGUGAUCAAGAUCCUGCAGGAAUCCGCACCCAUUGUGAGUGCCCCGCUGGUCGAGAGCGCUCCGCAGAUUGUCAAGGUGGUGAAUGUGGCAUCUGGACCCGUGGCUGGACCAUCCUUCAUCGGCGGCUCUUCGGUUGGCGGCGGUGCCGUGUCCCAGGUCAUCAAGGUCGUUCACGAGAGCCACGACAGCGGCAUCUCGUCGGGUGGCUACUCGUCGGGUGGCUACUCCUCCGGUGGUUACUCUUCGGGUGGAGCCACCAAGGUGGUGCGUGUGAUCCAUGAGCACUCCGCUCCAGCUGCCGGUCCAGCCUAUGCCCCCAUCGAUGUGCCCGCACCAGUGGCUGCUCCAGUCGCUUCCUACCUGCCUCCUCAGGAGAUCGCUGCUCCGGCUCCAGUUUAUGCUGCUCCAGCUCCGGCUCCAGUUUAUGCUGCUCCUGCUCCCGCUCCUGUGUACUCCGCACCUGCUCCCGCUCCAGUGUACUCCGCUCCUGCCCCAGCUCCUGUGUACUCUGCUCCUGCUCCCGCUCCAGUGUACUCCGCACCUGCUCCCGCUCCAGCUUACUCCGCUCCUGCUCCCGCUCCAGUUUACUCCGCUCCUGCCCCAGCUCCAGUCUAUGCCGCCCCAGCACCCGCUCCCGUCCUGAGUGUGCCACAUCCCGCUCCUGCACCCGUUUUUGCUCCCGAGGAGCAGUCCCUGCCCAUCGGUCACGCCCCUGCCCAGACCUACGGCCCACCGGGAUACUAGAACAAUUCGCCAAUCUAUCGGAGGACCUUCCUGCUAACUACAUCGACAGCAUAUUACCAUUCCCACACAACGCCAUGAGUUAAUUUAAGACAUUUUUUUUACAACACAUUUUUUUGUUACCAAAUACAUAGACAAUUCC